AUGCCCGAAGCCAGACGUGACAAAUCAGCGGCGGAAAUAAUGACGGUGAAUAAUUGUUGAACAGCUGCGAUUUCACGCCCGUUGAAACAGAUAUGGAUCGCCAGCACAUUGUUUGAGGCGAGUUGAGAUGAUAAAGUGCCGUCAGGGCGGGUCACUCGCUCGUUUAUCGCCCUCUCCAUCACUGAAUUAGUGAGUAUGAAAAUCAAUGCGGCCUCAAUUGAUUCCAGCACACGUAAAAUGCUGAUUCGGCGAUGAAACAACAUUGGCACUUCCUGUGGUGUGGAUUACCAAAACCAAGCGAUGCCCGGCGGGAGGGAAGGCGACUCCACUCCCUCAACUAGCCAGACCGCCAUUACCCUGCGGCUUUUGGCCUCCAAUAAAAGUGUCAGCCGGCAUCUGCUUCAUCCGCACAUAAUGACACGGGUGUGAUUGACACGCCAUUGCAAGAUGUGGCGUUCAAGCGCCGCGGGAGAUGGAGGAAUUGGUGGGUAGCAACCCGCCGCAGAGGAACUGGAAGGGAAUAGCGAUUGCCCUCCUUGUCAUUCUGGUCAUCUGCUCGCUGAUCGUCACCUCCGUCAUCCUGUUGACGCCAGGUGAAGAUGACCGUCUGGCUCUCAAGGGCAAAGUUAGCAUCGAGGACCUUUUCGGAAAAGAUUUCAGGAUCCGCGACCCCAAGGCUCGAUGGAUCAGCAAUAAUGAGUUGCUGUACCGUGACCGCGACGGCAAUGUGGUCCUCUUGGACGUGGACAAUAACGACAAGACCAUCCUGCUGCAUCACAAGAAGUUUGAGAUGUACAAAGCCAGCAAGUACGAGGUGUCUCCCGACAUGAAGCACGUGCUGCUGGCCUACAACGUGGCACCGGUGUACCAGUAUUCCUACACGGCCUUCUACAUCAUCUGCAGCCUUGAGACGCCGGAGACGUGGAACUUGAACCCGCCCGAGGUGCGCAACGCUCAGCUGCAGUAUGCCGGCUGGGGACCGCGGGGUCAGCAACUGAUCUUCAUUUUCGAGAACAACAUCUACUAUCGCUCGACGGUGGAGAGCCGCUCCAUUCGUCUGGUGUCCUCGGGCAAGGAGGGCGUCAUCUUCAACGGCCUCAGCGAUUGGCUGUAUGAAGAGGAGAUUUUCCAUUCCCACGUUGCCCACUGGUGGUCUCCGGAUGGCGCUAGGUUGGCAUACGCCACCAUCAACGACACCCUGGUGCCCAAAAUGGAGCUGCCCAUGUUCACCGGCAUGCCCUACCCGACGGGCAAGGAGUACCACUACCCCAAGGCGGGCGAGGAGAACCCGGUGAUCACGUUAUACGUGGUCAACCUGAACGGGCCUCUUCACACUAUCGAGAUGAGGCGACCCGAUGACGCCAGAAUGAGUGAGUUCUACGUGACCAUGGUGAAAUGGGCCACCACCACUAAACUGGCCGUCAACUGGCUCAACCGAGCCCAGAACAUCUCCAUGCUGACGCUUUGUCAGGCCACAACGGGGGUCUGCACCAAGAAACACGAGGAUGAAAGUGAAGGAUGGCUUUACAGGCAGAACGAGAAGCCUCUGUUUUCCAAAGAUGGUCUCAAGCUGUUUUUCACGAGGGCCAUCCCGCAAGGCGGCCGGGGAAAGUUCUUCCACAUUUCCAUGGCCAUCUCGCAGCCAAACAGCAGUACAGACACCCUGCAGUCCAUCACGUCCGGAGACUGGGACGUCACCGAGGUCCUGGCCUAUAACGAGGAAAGCCAGCUCAUCUACUUCCUGAGUACAGAAGACGGCCCAAAGCGUCGUCAUCUCUACAGCGCCCACACGUUCGGCUCAUUCAACCGCCGCUGCCUCUCGUGCGGCCUGGCCGACACUUGCGGCUACGUCUCCGGCUCCUUCUGCCACAAUAUGAGCUACUUCCUGCUCCACUGCCAAGGACCGGAUGUGCCGUUUUUCUCCAUCUACAAGACGCAGGUGGACGAAGAAAACGUCGACGACGAUGCAGAGUUGGGGGACAGAGAGAGUAUGGCGGAAGUGCGCAAACUGGAGAGCAACGAGGUGCUGAGGGCGACGCUGGCCAACAUGCAGAUGCCCAUGGUGGAGUAUCAGGAGAUUAGCAUCGAUGACUACACUUUAUCGAUGCAGAUCCUCAAACCUGCAGGCUUCGUGCAGUCGGCGCACUAUCCUCUCCUGCUGCUCAUCGACAGCACCCCCGGUGGCCAGAGCGUGUCGGAGCGCUUCCAUCUCGACUGGGCCACGGUGCUGGUGAGCAGCUUCGGGGCGGUGGCGGCGCGCUGCGACGGGCGCGGCGGCGGCUUCCGGGGCACCAACCUGCUGCAGCGCAUCCAGAAGCGGCCCGGCGUCCUGGAGGAGCUCGACCAGCGCGAGGCCAUCAACGUCAUCCUGGGGGAGCCGUACAUCGACAAGACCCGAGUGGGAGUCUUCGGAAAGGAGUACGGCGGUUACGUGGCCAGCUUGUUGCUGAGCGCCGACCUCUCCCCUGCCAGAUGUGGCGCCGUCCUCUCGCCCAUCACAGACUUUGAAUUAUACGCGUCCGCCUUUUCCGAGCGUUACCUGGGGAAGCCCAAACCUGAUCCUCGGGCUUACGCGAUGGCCAACCUGGCGCACCGAGCGGCUCAGUUCCUGGACAAGAAAUUCCUCAUCAUCCAUCCGACGGCAGACGAAAAAGUUCACUUCCAGCAUUCGGCCAAACUUAUUGCGCAGCUUAUCCACGAGAAGGCCAACUACACCUUGCAGAUCUACCCAGACGAGGGCCACUUUAUCCACAACGAGGCCACCCAGCAGCACCUCAGCCAAUCGCUGGUCAACUUCUUCGAGGAGUGCUUCAGGCUACCUGAGCGACUUUUGGACGACGAGCUAGACGACGACGACGACGGCGAAGAGGAGGGUUAACCUGACCUGGUUUCGACCCCCAACCGCCCACCGCACCGCCUCGCACGCCCCGAAAAAAAAAAACGACUCGACUAGCUAGCUACCGCGCCCAUCUUGGACCAAGCACAUUUCCACGGUUUUAUGCAACGUUCUCGUCUGCAGAUUGGACUUCAGACUGACUCAAGAGCAGCUGAGGAUCACCGCCAUCUAUCCUCUGUCAUUUUGUCCCCGGAACCCCCAAAUUGUCCCAAGAUAGGCUGACACACUCUGGAAUAUUCCGCUGGACGAGCUCCCAAAUGGACUUGACGCUUGAUAAGGGGACGUUUAAAACCAUACUGGCGGACUUGUAUUAUACUGAAAAUCAGAUACAACUGCAUUUUAUGGGACUUGCAAUUUUCUAAAGUGAUGAACUUUUCAUGUUGAACUGUUUAUCUUUUUUUUUGUCGACUUUUGUCAAUGUAAAUAAUAUAGCACAAACGUCCAUGUGAGUAUGAAAAGAUGCAUAGAAUGUUCAUGUUUUCACCAUGUAGUCCAAGAAAUGUUUGGAAAAGAGGACAAUUUUUUUUUUUUGAACAAAUUUCCUGACUUUUGUCACCUGACUGCCUUAUUUUGUCAAAAAAAAUAACAUCACAGGAACAGUGUGCACGAAAAUAGUCAACUAUUAGCCGAGCUUUAGUGUAAAGACCAAAGCUACGCUCGUUCGUGGGGGGCUUGGAGGGAAAUAUAGUGAGCACAGCUAGCCUUUAAAGCUAACACGGAUGUGUCAAAAUUAACAAAAUAAUUUACCAACAAAUGGAAAUAACCACAAUGACACCAUUUUCAGUCCUAACAGGAAGUGAAUGUGCGAACGAGCGAGUGCAUUUCUGAAAGCUCUUUUGAAUUCAAACCCGAAAAAUGUUGCUGUAUAUGAUAUUUCUGGAAUUGUUUCAACAUGCCCCCCCCCCUUUAUUGGCUACAUGUCACAUUAGCACAAGACUAGCCUGUACAGAGUCUGCAUGGUUUGUUUAAAAAAAAGAAAAGAAAAAAAAACGGCUGAAUUUAUAUUUGAAACAAAUACACCAAUGCUGAUGUUAAUGACAUUGUUCAAAAGACCGUUCCGGCUGUUGCUCAUCGAAGCGCGCGUGCGUGCAUAUGUGCGCGAGUGCAAAGUUGGGCACGCGGGGAAUGCGGUGAUGCUUAUGUGUGCCCACGUGUAUGAUGUGGCUUUUUGCAGUAACACAGUAAAAAAUUGGCUCUUA